CCGGCCCCGGCCCCCGGACAAGCCCUUAUCUGAUCCCAGCUCCGGGUUUAAGAGUCCUGGCCUUGCCCGUCGCACAGCUCCGCUCCUCACCACUGCCCGCCCCGUCCAUCUGUCCCGCUGCCCCGCGGCUCAUCCGAGGGGCCGCUCCAACUUGGACCCAAGAUGACAUCAGUUGCCAAGGUAUAUUACAGUCAGACUACUCAGACAGAAAGCCGGCCCCUGAUGGGCCCAGGGAUACGACGGCGGAGAGUCCUGACAAAAGAUGGCCGCAGCAACGUGAGAAUGGAGCACAUUGCUGAUAAGCGCUUCCUCUACCUCAAAGACCUGUGGACAACCUUCAUCGACAUGCAGUGGCGCUACAAGCUUCUGCUCUUCUCUGCGACCUUUGCAGGCACCUGGUUUCUCUUUGGCUUGGUGUGGUAUCUGGUAGCUGUGGCACAUGGAGACCUGCUGGAGCUGGGCCCUCCGGCCAACCAUACCCCCUGUGUGGUACAGGUGCACACACUCACAGGAGCCUUCCUCUUCUCCCUUGAAUCUCAGACCACCAUUGGCUAUGGCUUCCGCUACAUCAGUGAGGAGUGCCCAUUGGCUAUCGUGCUUCUUAUUGCCCAGCUGGUGCUCACCACCAUCCUGGAAAUCUUCAUCACCGGUACCUUCCUGGCGAAGAUUGCCCGGCCCAAAAAGCGGGCUGAGACCAUCCGUUUCAGCCAGCACGCGGUUGUAGCUGCCCACAACGGGAAGCCUUGUCUUAUGAUCCGAGUUGCCAAUAUGCGUAAGAGCCUCCUCAUUGGCUGCCAGGUGACAGGCAAACUUCUUCAGACACACCAAACUAAGGAGGGCGAGAACAUCCGGCUCAACCAGGUCAAUGUGACUUUCCAAGUAGACACGGCUUCUGACAGCCCCUUCCUCAUUCUACCGCUGACCUUCUACCAUGUGGUAGAUGAGACCAGUCCCCUGAAAGAUCUUCCACUUCGCAGUGGUGAGGGUGACUUUGAGCUAGUUCUGAUCCUAAGUGGGACAGUGGAAUCCACCAGUGCCACCUGCCAAGUGCGCACUUCAUACUUGCCAGAGGAGAUCCUUUGGGGCUACGAGUUCACACCUGCCAUCUCGCUAUCAGCCAGUGGUAAAUACAUAGCUGACUUCAGCCUUUUUGACCAAGUUGUGAAAGUUACCCCUCCUGGAGGCCUCCGUGACAGCACUAUACGCUAUGGAGACCCAGAAAAACUCAAGUUGGAGGAGUCAUUAAGGGAGCAAGCUGAGAAGGAGGGCAGUGCCCUUAGUGUGCGCAUCAGCAACGUCUGAUGGCUUGUUCCCACCUCCCCUCCCACUGGUCUCUUUUCCUCUCUCAAUGCCUGGGUAAGGGAUACUACCCAGGUUUACUGGAGAGCCCCAGAAGCACCCAUCCUCUGCUCCCUCUUCUUUAACCCUGUGGCACGUUGGUAGGUGAGGCCAACUGGGGGUCCAAGUUUUUCUCCCUCUGCCCCCUUUGUCUACCCCGCUUCUACUCUGAUACAUACACCUUCCUUAAGCCAGGAUGGGGGAAUGAGAGGAAGAUUAGGCUGAUGUGGCUUAGAAAGCCUCAGCCAUGCUUGGAGACUUACAUUAGGAGGACCAUGCGGUUGGACAGAUAGACUCCCCCCACCUCCCGCCACCACGGGAAAGUUUGGUGACUUGAGGAUGGAGACCUCUCCCUCUCUCAUCUAGCAAGUUCCCUCAGACAAGACUCUGAUGGUUGUUUUUGGGUUUGUACCUUCAGAAACAUAGGAUUUGGAAAUCAAUUUACUCUGAAAUCAUUACCAAUCCCUGUUGCAAGAAGCCAGGAUUUUUCCAGUUGAAGCCAAUUUCUGCUAGUAACUCCUGAACAUAACCUAGAACAUUUGCCACCACUGUUUUUCCCUUCUAGUUUCUCAAGUGGGCCUUCCCUUAGGGUACCAGUUCUCUUAUAGCCUCUAUGAAUUGAGGUUGGUUCACAACCACGAUACAUGUCCUGGAUUUUGAACUCUUCAACUUGGAGUGACUUACGCAGAGCUGUUGUCUAAAAUUUUGAACCUAUCUUCCAGGCAGACUAGAAAUAUUUGUUUCCCCACAUCCCGUGAAUAGGGGGAUCCUAGCCAAUAAGCUUCCUUGAAAACAGUCCAGUGCCCAGGCCCUGUGGAAAGGUCUGAAAAUGAUACUCCAGAUUAUGUCCUACCUGACUUCUCUUUUUUCUUUCCUGCCCAGCCCAGACUUCUCUUCCUUUAACCCCAACUCUUUGGAAGUAAGGAGGGAAAAUGCAAGGGCCUUUUCUUGACACUGAUGCUAAAUAAAACUAGAUUUAUGGGGCAAAAGGUCCCCAGGAAAGUUAAAUCAGCCCCAUCAAGUGAGAUGGGUAACUUCUCAGAUUUCCAGACUACUGUAUAGAGCUUCUGGGAAUUGGUGAUGCUUUGUUAAGGUUUGGGCAACACAGAAAUCUGUGGCUGGCAGUCACUAUUCCCACUCUUGGCCCUCCUGGUGCUCUUCUGAAAAGUGUUAUUUCAUGAGGCAAUGCUGGGAAGGAAGUAAAUCAUAUUUCUUGAUUAACAACCAUGGUCUCCUUCAGCCAUUCCUGAGACUUAGUCUAAAAUAAUGAAUAAGUGUCAUUGGUACUCUCCUCUGCUACAAAGCCAGUUUCAGGCAAGUUAUGAAGCAUACUUUAAGAGAUCAGACUCAGAUCCUUCUUUGCUCCCUAGUGAGGACUUUGGUAGAGGACAGGGAAGGUAUAGAGGCACCAGAACUUUCUCUGAAGUCCCAAAUCCUAAGAAUGCUUUAUGACCUCAUACAGGUAAUACCAAGGGACUCCACAAAGUGGUUUGGUAGAAAAUCCCUGCAUAAUCAAGUGGCAGCUUACUGAAGGAUUCACCCAACUGUUACAAGUUAUCCAAUAUAUACACUCAUCUGUAUGCAGAGAAAUCCACACAAUUUUGAGACUGGAUCCAUGGUCACUAACUACUACAGCUACACAAGGUCCAAUUGUAUUGAGGUCUCCGUGAACUCAACAAUCUGUAUCUUGAAAAUGAAGACCCUCCAGUUUUUGCUUCCUGUAAAUCUCACCAUUCCUCUUCUCUAGCUCUCAUGAACACAAGAACCAGAAAAACAUGAAAAUUCGAGAGAACAGAAGGCAAAGAGCCAGCUUCUGUGCUCAAAACUUUAUUCAGCAUUAGACUUAUCUGAUUUUUCAAUGUAUGAGGGUGAAAUGUACUUAGCGUGCACACGCAUGCGCAUUUAUGUGCAUGUAGUCACAUCCAUGUACAUACACGCCCACGUGUGGAUUUUCUUACCCGCUGGCAAGUUAUCCUCCAUCUGGUUUCUUCUGUACACAACUGCUUCCCUCCUGAAAGGAUCAUUCCCUUCCCACUGCCCUGCUGCCUAUCCUAAGCCCCCAGACUCUCCUCAGAUUCUUAGAUAACAAAGUGAGAGAAGAACAUUUUCUAACUUAUCCUUUUUGUGCCCCUUCCACUAUCCUAGGCUUUGCUCCAAGUUGCACUUUAAAUCAUAGAGUCCUAUCAAUGCAAUCUGGCCUCUUCUCCCAUACUGCAACCAAGGGACAACUCUCUUCACUCCCACCGCUAAAUGACUGUUCAGAGUACAACCUGUCUCUGCUGACCUGGAAUCCUUUCUAAGGUUAUAAGACAAACUAUAGAAGCAGCCAGGUCUGGUGAGAAAUGGGUUCACACCAACCACAGACUUGGGAUUUUAGGAGAACACUAGGCAUAGAUGUUAAGGGAGAUUUUAGGAGAUGGGCAAAACAACUGAUGGAGAAUACUCAGGGUGUAAAGAUGAGACAGGAUUGUGCUGAGAGACCUAGUGAAAUCAAUAAAAUCCUUGUCUUACUCGGACUAGCAAACUAGAGGUGGGUGGAGGUUUGGGAAAUUAGGAUAUCGUACAUAUGAAAAGUUUAUCUAAAGAGAAAGAAAAAGAGAUAAUAUAUAUAGUGAGAUGUAUAUAAAUGUAUAUAUGCCCAAAUAUACUGCAUGUACAGAAAGAAAGUAUUCAGAGACCUUAGCAUAGGGGACAGAGAUCUUUUCCUAGUUGUGGGGUAGGGCACCCAAACUCUCAGACUUAAAACCAGUGAUCCAGUUCAACAUGGAUGUGAGAUAGCUGGAGGAUUUCAGGUCUGAUGAUAGAAAAGAGAGGUGUAGAAACUGUUUUUCAGAAGCAUCCCUUGAGGCUUUUAAUGAACCCUAUGCUACUGACAGAACCAGAAGAGUUAGAAGGAAAAUGGGGAGGGGAACAGUUCUCAUCCAUGGAAAUCUAGGGAAAUCUACUAUUGAGGCCCCCAUCUCUAGCAUUGUUCUGCCAUUGUAGCACCUUUAAAAUAAAUAAAUAAAUAAAUAAAUAAAUAAAUAAAUAAAAACACCCUUUGUAUCUUUAUCUUGAAAUUGAACUAUACCACAUUUCCCCUCUUCCACAAGCAGCUGUAGCUCCAGCCUCUGGGGUCAAAUAGAGAGCUGAACACCUUGGUAUAUGGAGGUACUAAAGGGAAGCCUCAACCCUAUAAUUCAAAUGCUUGGACUGAAGAGAUGUUGGGUCCAAGAUAUACCAUAUGCAGGGAUUCAGCCCUCCAUAUGGCUGCAAGCAGCCUUGGGAGUUGAUACUGCAUUUGGGCAUGUUGGGUGAUGCUUUGGCUUUGAUGCUUCUAGAUGAAAAUGAGGAGUAGGGCUACCAGCUGCUCUAAGGGACAGAGCAAUUCCACAAGAGGCUUCGGAAAUCCCUAUACUGUGCUUCACCUCAUUAUUGCUACUCCUCCAACCCCUGUCAGCUAAUAUGACUAGCCAGGGAUUUCCUUAUGAAGUCUGAGCAGAGAAAGGAAGCCAAUUAUACAACUGCUACAAGCCAGGGGCACUGCCCCCUCCUCAAGGCUGCUAAGCUGGUCCUUAGUCCUUGCUAGUAACCUAGUUUAUUUGUAAAAUAAUGUACUACCUUUGCUGUAAAGUUAUGGGCUACCUGGCUCAGUAAUGGUCAACUCUACUGAAGAAGAAGUAUUUAGGGAUAGUUCUUCCAUUCACUGCACUAAAGACUAAGGUCAAACUCACCUGGGGAGGGGGGAGGUGUGUGGGUGUGUUUUGGUUUGUUUUACUUUUGUCUGUUUAGAACAAGCAACUACAUAAAAUGAAUGAAUCUAUGAUCUUCAACUAAAUAAAA